AAAGAUCUUUUGAAAGGAGUCCUGCAAAGGUAUUUUGAUUACAUUGUGUGUAUACACUGAAUACAGUGGAAAAGUUGUAGAGAAAGGAAAGAACUAGGUUUUCUAUCUUUUUUUUCCCCAUAAGCAGUGUGGGAUAGAAAAAGGCUUUACGGCUUUAUGACUCUCCAACUAAUCACCUCAAGGGUUUUGACAAACUCACUUCAGUUCUGUGUAAAAUCAGAACUCCUAAAUCGCCGGCCUCAGGGCUCCCCCCUCCCCUCCUCCCGGCUCAGUCUUUCUCACACGCACACCACUCAGAGGCAGGAAAUGCUUCGCAGGCAAUCUGGGCCUGGUUGUGGAGGCCCCUUUUGCAAAACAUCAGUCUGAAUUUACUAGACAGAAGUCACUAGGAACGCCUUGACAGACUCCGGCUUCGGCUAAGGCUCCCUCCAGCUGCGGAGGCUGUUUUUGUUAGAAUCACACACUGCGCAGAACCGCUUAGAAUAGAGCCAUGAUCUCAACUACGAAAUGUGAACUUAUAUUUUGGAGAAAGUAACGGAGACGGACUCCUCUCCUAGGCUGAGUGUUGAAGCAUGUCAUGCCUCGGCGUUUCAGCUCCUCCUCGUCGAGGUGGUGAAAUGACAAAACUUCCUCUAUUCGUCAAUCAGUGAAUUUGAAGUAAUCUUUCAUCAAGUUUCAUCUCCUUUAGUCUCAUACGGAAUGUAUCUCUCUGUCUGUUGUUAAACUACGAUGACAUGUCUGUAGCUAUCAGAAAGAGAAGCUGGGAAGAACAUGUGACCCAAUGGAUGGGACAGCCUUUUAGUUCUGAUGAUUGUAACACAGCAUGUCAUCAUGGACUAGUAGCUGACAGCUUGCAGGCAAGUAUGGAAAAAGAUGCAAUUCUAAAUGUGGACCGCAAAGAGAGGUGUGUUUCACUCCCAGACUGCUGUCAUGGCUCAGAGCUGAGAGAGAUUCCUGGGAGGCCAAUGGGUCACAUUUCAAAGGAGGUAGAUGAAGAUGACAGCCACGAAGGUGAAGAUCAGUUUCUUUCUCUGGAGGCCAGCACAGAAACACUCGUGCAUGUUUCUGAUGAGGACACCGAUUCUGAUCUGUACCUCACAGAUGAUAAACAGAUUCUAACUACUCAAGGACCUGAAACAUCAGACCAACAUAGCGUCAAAGGAGCAGGCUCCUUAGUAAAGACGCUACCCAUUGUGGAAAGUAACCAAGAUUCUUGUGACUCCUGGGGAAUGGCUGGUGGAGUUGAUUUAGGGCUGGUUGAGGAAAAAGGGGACAGGAAAGCUGUUGACAUGGUGAGUAAAAGCCUGGAGCUUUGUAAGGAGAUAAGCUUAAGUGAAAUAAAAGAUCCGUCCAAAAUGAAUGCUUGCAGUUCUUUGAAUGUGAAAGAUACUGUGCCAGAAAAGCAAUUGCUUAAUUCUGCUGUAAUUGCUCAGCAUCGAAGGAAACCCGACUUCCCUAAAGAUGAACAUGAAAGCAACACCUGCAGUGCAGUACAAGAUAUGUUAUUGGCUAUUCCUCGUAUGGACAGAAGACUGCCAUUAUUAAAAACAGAUCCUGGAAGCUGCCUUCUGCAGCCUCCUUCCUGCCCUAGUGGAAUGUCAACUGAAAAUGGCCUGGAGACGAGUGGUUUCUCAGAACAUCAAAACAAAAGUCUUCCAAAGUUCAACUCAGGAGAUGGCAUGCAGUGUUUACACUUCAAGGAGACUCUGGCCACCCAGGAACCCACAGAUAACCAAGUCAGACUUCGUAAAAGAAAGGAAAUAAGAGAAGAUCGAGAUAGGGCGCGACUAGACUCCAUGGUGCUGCUGAUCAUGAAACUGGACCAGCUCGAUCAGGACAUUGAGAACGCCCUCAGCGCCAGCUCCUCUCCGUCCAGCACACCAACCAACCUGCGGCGGCAAGUCCCUGAUCUGGAAUCAGGACCUGAGAGUGGAACAGAUACCACUUCGAUAAAUCAGACACAAAUAAAUUUGUCUUCUAACACUGAGUCCGCUGACCCACCGUCUUCCACCCCAGUGGCCAAUUCUGGAACCAAACCCAAGUCUACGGCGAUUCCAGGUAUUUCAGAGAAGGAAAAGGCUGGUGGCUGUGUGAUUGAUCAAACACUGUGUACAUCUGUGGGGCUGGGUAUGACAGCACCUGACCCCCAUCCUGAACCAAGGCUGUUAUCAAGCUGUCCACCGAGACCCAUCUCUUGUCACUCAUUCGUGGCCAUGAGCACUCACAUCAAGCGUUUUCCGCUCUCCUUUUUACCUUCUCUGGGACCCAGCAGAGGUGAACCAGUACUGUUGGAAGUGGAUGCAGAUAAGAGCACAAAGGGAUCAAAUUUUCCCCCUCGGAAGUGGCAGCUGGUUUGUCUCCUUACACCAUUCCCCAAAAGUGGCCUUUCCAUGUUCCGAGGAAGAAAACAUCGUCUGGGCGGGUGUGCGCCUGGCAAGACUGUUGUACUCCAUUCUCCUCAGUGGCUACAGAAAUAAGGGCUCUUCAGUAAGACUUGACAAGAUGCCAGUUCCGCCAGCGAUAAGAGAGGCCUGAAACCUCAGCAGUCACCGCAGGCCACAGGCCCUGCUUCCCCAGGUAGGGCUGUGAGACCGCCAAACCAAGCAAGGAGGAGAGCUAUCUUGACAGCCUGUCAGCAGAGUUCCAAAAAUAUAAAAUGUGGCUUUCCUAAAGAACUGCUGAAACAGCAGAAGAAUGCUAACUCAGUCAUUUAAGGAUGUUCUUCAUGGUUUGAAGGACUCGCUUUGCCUAUUUUCCAUUCUCUUUAGCCAUUCUGAGUAUAUCUAUGUUUCUUUCUUUCUUUCUUUUUUUAGUAUUUUAUGUAUUUAUUGACUUGGCUGCACCAGGUCUUAGUUGUGGCAUGCAGGAUCUUUAGUUGUGGCACUCAAACUCUUAGCUGAAGCAUAUAGGAUCUAGCUCCCUGACCAGGGAUCAAACCAGGGCCCCUUGCAUUGAGAGCUCAGAGUCUUAGCCCCUGGACCACCAGUGAAGUUCUCAUUCUGAUUAUUUCUCAGUCAUUUAUAUUAAUAAUGUUUGCUCACUUUCUACAUCAACAUGCAAAUUGUUCUUUAUGAUACCUGAGCUCUUCAUGUGGUGUAGGGGGAAAUUCCAGGAUAUAUCUUCUUAUAAAGAAAAACAGAAAAAAAAAAAAGUACUUACUCUGAUGUGAAUUAAAGUACCAAAUUCUCAUGAAACCUUAGUCUGAGGUGUUAUUGCAUUGUGGGAGCCUUAACUGCAGACUUGGCCAAGGCUGCUAAAAGAUGAAAUUUCAUCAUUGAAGAGGAGCCAAGGAAGGGAAAGGAAUCUGCUGGGGGUUUCUUUUCACUGGAGAUGGAAUCCCUCUGUUUCAGAUUUGAUUCAUGGGCAAAGCCAGCUUUAUUAGUUUUCUUUCUUAAUGUCUUAUCUUUUAAAAUGCAUGUCCUUGUGGUAAAAACCAAAAAUUUUCCAGCAUCUUCCCAAAUUAUAUGUUUUCUGAAAACAUGAAGAUUUUUGAUAAACUCAGUGAGGCAUUUUUUGGUUAGAAUUUACAUAGAAAUAUAGAAUAUGCGUUUCAAGAAUAUAGUGUCAUAGAUUGGAAGGUUGUGCUUGAGGAUUUGUGAUGUGGGCUUCACAGGUGGUGCUAGUGGUAAAAAAACCCACCUGCCAAUGUAGGAAAUGUAAGAGACUCGAGUUCAAUCCCUGGUUUGUGAAGAUCCUCUGAAGGAUGGCAUGGAAACCCACUCCAGUAUUCUUGCCUGGAGAAUCCCAUGCACAGAAGAGCCUGGUGGGCUAUAUCCAUAGGGUCGCAAAGAGUCGGACACAACUAAAAUGACUUAGCACACAUGAGGGUGUGUGAUACAUAACUGUGAGCCCAUACACAGCCCAUACCCACGCAGAAUGUGGGUAUGACUGCACAUCAUGAGGUUUGCGUGAUCAUUUUGCUUUCCUGAGCUACCUACAGCCAGUAAUCACUCUUGAGGGAAAGUCUUGUUUUCUCAGUAUUUUUAAGUUAAUUAUUGGGGCAUUUUAAUGUUGAUAUUAUCCUGCAGAAUUUUUAUUAAAAGUCUUUCACCUUCAUCUCUGAGACUAUAAAGAAAGGCAAUAAGUUAAUAAAAAUUAAUAUGAAUAAAUAAAUGUUACUUUUAAUUGUGAAAUUACAAAUAAAUUAUAGUUAAGCUCCCACCACAUUAAACAUCUCUUCUCAAAACUUAAAGAAUCAAAAGUAAAGCACAAGCCAUUUUAAAAUUCUCUAUUAUAGCAAACAGAAUAUAGCUAUGCAAAUAAAAACCAGUCCAGUACCCUGGAGUAAAGCAAAUUUUGAUCAGGUCAAACUAAAAUGAGUGAAGUCCAGAAGUAGAAACAAACAUUUGGUCAAAUGGGAAACAUUUCUGGACUUCUGCGUUUCAGACCUGCCUGCCUCCCAAGCUGUUAUAUGGUGAUAUCGAAAAUACUUCACGUAUCACAGAGAUAACAUGAGGAUGAAAGGCAUGUUUGAAGUUCUUGAAACUAUUCUGAGAAAGCUACUUGAGAAAACACAAGCACUGUCAAUGAUACCAGGCAGCCUGUCAUUAAAACCAGGUAAUUGAGACUUCCUGGCAGUCCAGUGGUUAAGAUUUCACCUUCCAAUGCAGAGGUUGAGUGUUCAAUCCUUGUCGGGGAGCAAAAAAAAAAAAAGAAAAGCAUAAAACAGAAGAAAUAUUGUAAAAAGUUCAAUAAAGUCUUUAAAAAUGGUCCAUAUCAAAAAAGUCUUUUAAAAAUUCAAAAAGAAAAAGCUGGGCCAUCAUUUUUCAUCCAUUUCACCUUUCUCUCAAAUUUAUGACAUUAAAGUAUCACAUCAAAAUGAACAUUUUCUAAAUCAAUCUUCGUUGGUAACAUGAGUGCCAAAAGCAACACCAAAACCAAAUCCUCAGAUGAAGCAAGAUAAAAAGAAAAUACAGUCUUAGGAAAUGAACAAACCCAAAUGCAUUCAUUCAUUCGUGUAUGUCAAGCAUUGUCCUAGGUGCUAGAGACAUAUCAAUAAACAGUGCCAUCACAGCCCCUGCCCUUAUGGAACUUACAGUUCAACAGAAGAAACAGCAGUUACUGAGUGUUCCAGAGAAAAGCUGAGUACUCUUUAACUGUGUCUUAACAGAGUGACCCAACUUAUCCUAGGAGAGGAUUAGGGAUACAGAUAGGAUCAAGGCAACUCUGCAAGCUUGGACGGCCAGCAUGGCUGGUCAUCUUAUAUGACCAAAAUAAAAGAAUGCCAUUUAUCUAGCUGUUAAACAGAGAUGGAAGCCUUUGAAAUAUUAAGUUAAAUUCUCCCUAGAGUGUUUACAUAUUUAUACCACUGUUAGUUUAAAUUGAAGGCACCAAUUAUUUCUUGUCCAUCAGGCAAGGUGCCAAGCAUUUGUAGGAACAACUUUUCUAUGUUGAGUAAAGUCCUGGUUAUGAUUUAUUUAAUCUCACGCUUAAUCAGCUGCAGUUUGCCAACAUACAAUGUGUGAGUUGUGUUCAAUUUUCAUUCUAGAACACUAAUCUUUACAACACAUAGGAUUGUUUUACCUGCCAGGACCUCAUGGAGAUUUUUUAAAAGUCCCCCACUCCUUGCUUUGGGGUUUCUUUGGUUUUCUUUUCCUUGCUUUUCUUUUCAGUGCCAACUGACUUUUCAUUUCUAUUUUAUAGCUAUUAGGCUAUAACAGUUUCAGUGAUAAGGAAAUAGAAAAAAGAAAUUGACAUUUCCCUUACCAAGCAUGAUAUGGUAUUAUAUUGGUGUUUAUCUAGUAAACAGAGGAAGCAUGACUAGUAUUUGUUGGUAACUAAUGCAGUGGAUGCCAAUGGGUUUUAGAAAUAGAUCGAUGUUCAUCAUUAAAAGGUCCCUGCAGGAGAUAUCUAUCAUUCUUCUCUCUGCUUUUACUCUCCCACCCCAUCAUUUGUUCAGGAGUUUUCAGUCUGGAAGAAUGAGAAAACUAAAACACUAUUCAUUUUAGAUUUCUAUUCUACUCCUACAGAUCAAAUGACCUAGAUUACUAGAUUAUUUAAGAUUUAUAUGAAGAACUUCAGAGAAAGAGAUUUAAAAGCAGCAAGAUUGAUAAACGCCUUAUGUAGCUUUCAUUUUGAAGAUAAUGAAGGCAUAAAACAGUUUCUCCAAAAGAUGUCAAAAUAUGCAUGUUUAACUAAAUCACUUAACGGAUGGAAAAUUCAAAGUGGUUCUAUUGAGCCACCAGUUACCAAAUAACAAAUAAGUAGGACCAUCUGCCUUAUAUCAAAGUAGUGAUUUCCUUCUUUCCAAAUGUCUGAGAAGGAGCUUUUCCAAAACUGAUUUAACAUGAUAAAUGAAUUUGCAGAAAUGAUUUUGAAAUACAGAUCUCUAUUGGAGAUCAAAUCCAUUGUUUCUGUUCACUUUAUGUUCCAGUUUUACAACUUAUUAGUUUAGGCUCAGUGUCUUUUAUUUCUUCUUCUGAAGUUUUUUGCUCCCAGUAAAUAUUAUAAGCAUUGUUAAUAUAUUUCAGUCCUGUAAACUUGGAUAUUCUCCUUUAAUGAAUAUUUUUAAUUACUAAAACACUAUUUAAAUGUAGUCAGAAUUGAAAAAAAUGCUUAAUACAAAAGAACAGCAGAGAAUGUACAGGCUUUAGGAAAAUUCAGUAGAAAAAUCAAAGUCAUCAGUGACUCUUAACAUUCUCUUUAUUUCCUUAUUCUUUAGCGUUCUUUACAUUCUUUAGCAUCAACUAAAACAAAAUAGCAUGAAAAUCAGUCAAUACAGACAAUAUAAAUUACAUAAACUUAAGUUGGUUUCCUUCUGCGUUCCUCCAUCUUCUCACAGGAAUAUAAAACCAUGCCCUUCAGAAAUUCAAAGCUAUGGAAGCUAAAGUCACUCACUGCCCCUCUCCAAAUAAUGACUACUACACAGUUAAUUUUUGUUUUCUUUAUAGAAAGCUUUUAUGAUAUCCUUCCUCCAUCAUCAACUCCUCCAGCUUUUAAGGAAAUACUUAUAAAACUAUCUUGCUUCAUUUCAUUGUGUGUGAGUGUGUCUGUCUGUUGGUCUGUCUUUAUCUCUAUCUGUCUGAUCCUAUAUUCAAAACUCCAUUGCCUUUUUAAUUUUAUAACUCAGUCGCUAAAUCUCUGUUGUGAAGCCAUGAUUCAUGAUUGAUCUGAAGGUCUGGGCAUUGCAGAAAGGAAACGGAAGUUUGAUAAACUAUCAGAUAAGAGGAAUUUAAAGUUGGAGAGUGACUCAGACCUCUGGUCAAUUUUUAAUCUCCAUCCCCGUACCAAAAACAGGAAAACUAAUAUACUAACCUUGAAAACUGAAAUUGUAAAUCUGCAACUUUUGGGUGAGAUUUAAUACCCUUUUACUGGAGGAAAAAAAAAAAGUGAUAACUGCUAACAAUUGUGUUUAUCUCCACAAUUUUCUUUUAAAGGCUGACCAAAGUAGAGACAGAGAUCCUGAUAAAAUGUUUUUUAAAUUCAGUUCUUUGCCUGGAAACUCCAAGGUAAUCAGAUGGAUAAUUUUUAUGAAAUUCAUCAUAGUGCCCCUACUUUGAGAUUAAAUUUCUUGAAUUCUGUAUUCAAAUAUAAUAGAACCUCAUGAAAAUCUAACUUUGUUUUAAACAUUUUGAUACUUUAGAAAAACAACAGAAAAACAGCUCUGAGAUAUAGUACAGAUGUGGCCUUGCUUCCUAAGAAGUCCUUCUUUUGUCAAUCAUGAUUUAUAAUUCACAGAGGUAAAAAUUAAGUGAACUUUGAGUCAAGAUAUUAUGGUAUAUUGAAACAAAUACCAGAUAUUUUGCACUUUGAACCAAACAGCAUAACUGAACUUCUGAGAAAUCAUAACUUACAGUGGUCUACAAACUUUACGCUGAGUAUACACCUAAGUGAAAUAUUUUGAGUGCAUACUAUGUGUUAUAUGUAUACACAUUUAUAUAUCUCUAAAGCAGAAUUCCUUAGACUGCACUAUUGGCAUUUUGGGCCAGGUAGUUCUUGUCAUGGGGGAUUGUCCUGUGCGUUGUAGAAUGUUUAGCAGCAUUCCUGUCUCUACAGUCUAGAUGUCAGAGUACCUUCCUUAGUUACGACAGCCGAAAACAUCUCUAAACACUUCCAAAUGUUCUCUUAUGGGUAAAAUUGCCCCAAUUGAGAACCACUACUUUAAAUCAUCCACAUGUAAUGUUAUGUGUAAUAAUACUAAUAUAUUAUGUAAAGCAAACAUGGAAAAUGUCUGUUUUUAAGGUUGAGGUUUACAUUUUAGUAGUGCUAAACAUUUUUUUUGCUUUCUCUAUAAGUGUUAUCAUUAAUAAUUUUUAGAAAAAGAAAUGUGACAAACUGUGCUUCAAUUUGUUUUUUAAAUCUUGAUGUAACUGAUUGCAUCCUGAUUCAAACUGUCAAUUUAUUUAAGUACUUGAAUUUAAAGGCCACCAGGCAAAGGAUAGGUAACUCUAGUUGGACAAAAUGAAACUGUGAAACUUUUGAACUGUAUCAUGGUACAAAAUUGUCCAUUCAGUCUAAAGAAAGGAUUUUCCUGAAAUUUCACUAAUAAAUAUCUUUGUGUUGAUCCCUUAAAAACAAGUAAGAAAUUGCAUUUUUAUAUUUUUAACACAUAUGCUUGAAAUUACUGCAACUCUUCAUUUAGAAAAAAAAAAUAGCUAGUUAGAAAGCUGUAUUCAGUUUCUUUUAACUUUGCUUAUGGGAGUUUUAAUAGGAGACACAGCACAUAAUUUUCAAUAAAAAAUUCACAUAACAAUGCACACAUUUCCAAAAUAUUUUCAGAGUGCUUUGUAGAUAAUCCAAGUUGUUUGUUUAUUUUAAAAAGCAGUUACUUCCCCCCUCAUUGUUUAAAUGUCACCUUUAUCUUGGGGAAACAAAUCAUAUAGGAUUUUUUUAAAUGUAUGUUCAGGGCAUGUAAUAGUAACAGCAACUUAUCAUCAUAGAAAUUUUAACAAAUUUUAAAUAUAUGCUUUUUUUAAAAAAGAAAAAUAAGUAACUUAUCUUCAGGUUCAAGUUCUUUCCUGUAAAAUAACCAGUGAACCUCUGUAUAAUAAUGAGUGAUUUUUGUGAUCACUCCCUACCUCAUUUCAAAUAUUGUAAAGAAUUCACUAUGCUUUAUUAGUUUCUUAAAUUAAAAUCAUUAGAAUGUCAACAUCAUCCUAUAGCAUUUUAUACACUUUUAGUUUUUACUUCCUUGCUAAAACAGUUCAUCUAUUAAUUUUGCAAUGUUGUCUCUGUAAACUUAGCCUAGAAUACUUUCUGUGGUUAAAUUAACAGCUUUUUUGAAAAAUAUUAUUUUUAUUGAAAGAGUUAUUUAUUAUAAGAAUAUCACCUCAUUGGUUUUUCUUUCCUUUAGUGACUCAUAAUACAAGUGAGAAGGUAAUCGUUCAUAUUCCAUCAUUGAAAUAAAAUUUAGCAAAUACUAUAUAAGCUGAGACCUAUGAAAAACAUCUGUGCUUUCAUUUAACUAUACCAUGCCCUUUCCAUUACAUAAUUUGUUAUAAAAGUUGUUUCUUCAAAUUUUAAUAAUAUUUACUAUGAAUUUUUUGUGUUUACUAUCAAAGGAAUGUAAUCUAACUUGACAUUGUAUUUUUUUCAAGGAUUAUUUUAAGCAUUUUUACCAAGGCAAGAACAAGUGUUUCCUUAAUAUGUCUUUGGUGUAUUGACUAUCAAGUGAAAAUUUUCAAUUGUGGCUUCUAAACAUUUAAAAUUAAACAUUAGACUGAGUAUCACAUAAUUAAUCAUCAUGGAAGCAAUCAAAGGAGUAUAUUUUGGAUGCAUAGACUGGAUGCAUCAUACUAAUUAUUAUAAACUUAUUGUAUUCUUAUCUGACAUCUCAAGGUGUACUUUUACCCCAGGUCAAGAUUCAUUCUGAAAAAUCAUAAAUAUCAGUACGAAUAUCAAUAUGUGGAUAUUACUAUAGUCUUUUUGAAAAUUUCAUGGCAGAGGCAGAUGGAGGAAGACAUUUUGCCAAAUCUGAUUUGUCAACAUAUCAAGAGUUUACAUUAAGAGUAGAAUAAAUAUCAGCUUUAGCUUGUUCUUCAUUAUGUAUUGACUGAUUAGCAUUAUUUUCAGUCAGGUUUCUUUUCAAAUGCCAUAGUGUGUCUUUUAAAUCUCUAAGAUUACCUCUGUUUACCCAUAGGUGAGUAUUUUGGGGGGGCGGUUGCUGUGCUGGGUCUCUGUUUGGCAUGCGGGCCUCUCGUUGUGGCGUGCGGGUCUUCUCUAGUUGUAGCACUCACUCAGGCUUAGUUGCACACUCAUUGGACUGUGAGAUCCCACUUUCAGGGCCCUGCCUUACAAUAUGCAUUAGGUAUCCUUGGAGGUGCAAAUAAUGUGUAUUAGACUGCAUUGCAGGCUGAAAUGAACCCUGUUUUCCUAUAGAAAAGUAAAACUUGCAGUGCCGUCUCAUUUUUCCUAGGGUGACCUCCCAGUAAUGCCAUCUGGGCUAUAAUAGUUUCAUUUUAGCAUGUGAUCACAAAAUGCUCCAUUACAGGAAUGGCCCAAUUCAAGCAAUAUGAUCGAGAAAGUGCUAAGAAACAAGCCAAUUAGUGUCAUAGUUACAGUUACCGUCCAAAAUACAAGACAGGUGCUUGGACCACUAACCAAUUGAAAAGCAUUCUCUCCACUGAGUCAUAGGUAAAAGCAGUGGAGGAAUUUGACCACAAGCAUUCUCAUAAAUUUUAAAAACAGUUCUCUGGCUGAGUUAAUAAAUGAAUAGAAUCGUUCAGAAUUUCCAGCUGAAGUGUGACAAGUAAUUGGCAAAAUCGGCAAAAUAUCUAGUGACCAUUUAAAAAGAUGUUAUGUUUUAAGAUCAUUAAAGCACAGCAUUUUAUUUGCUGAUGAUUUAUUUCAUUUGUAAAGUAUCCUACUCAUAAUGAAAUGAAAUAGCCAUGACUUUAGCUUAAUAAAAUAUUUUAUUGCUUCUAAAACCUGUGAGUAUAUAGGUGUGUGCAUAUAUUACCCUGAAAUUGUCUAGAUCUACAGUAAUUUAUUUAUUUAUUUUUAUGUAAAAGUGUUGUUUUUUUUUUUAAAUCUGGAAUUUGAGCUUUGUCCAUAUCAAUAAUCAAGAGAGUACUAAAGCUAUCUUUAAAGUCUGAGGGUAAUAGUGUAUUUAAGCUUAGUCUGUGCCAGGGGAUCUCAUUACCUUGACCUUCAAAUAUCUGAAAGUAAGUGAACUUUGUGACAAAAUUUACAGCUGUCAGAGUUCAGCAGAGCCCACAGGCCCUCUGUUUUCCAACUGCUCAGCCCACACAGACCCUGUAUGUUAGCACACCCAGGGGAGUUAGUGUUAGUCCAUGGGUCCAUUUGUCCUUGGAGUUUGCUAGACUGAAUGAAGACUUCAGAACUAUUUCUGGUUUACAGCAAUAUGUUUCUUAACAGGAGUUUUUCCUCCUCAGUGUUUUUGCCCCUACAAGCCUCAAGAAUCUUUUCAAAGUCACUCCCAUGAUAGGUGUGCUGCAAUGACUCUGUUGACCCAAAGCACAUCAAAGACCCAAGAAGUUACUAACGCUUAUGAGUAUGUGCGAGACUUGUAAUGGUGUCUCCCCGCAGGGUUACAGCAGAGGGAGGGAAAUGAGUCAGCACCAACUUUUAACAACUCCCCUAGUGAAGAGGUUGGAUUUGAAAUUAAUGCAAAAGUACAGAACUCUUUUCUUAUCAUGUUAUUUCCCAUCCAUUCUGUUUUGUUUCCCAAAAGGUUUAUUUCGUGUAAAGGACAGAAGUUCUAUCACAAAGCUAUUUUAAAACGAAUUUCCUCUUCUGUCCAUAACCCUGAGGAACACUGGCCUUUAAAAGAGGGAGCCUGUGUUUACAACUCAGUACAGAAGGAGAGGAAAUAUAUUCUUAGAGUAAAGCCAGCCAAAAAAACAGAUGGGAUACCACCAGUUCACUCUAUCAGGCCAUGCAAACAGCUGACUCGUUGUUUAGAGGGGAUUAUACACAGCCUCAGGUUUGUUCUCUUUCUUCCUUUUCAUAGAAAAUUCAUUCUUCAUGUCACUUUUGGCAAUUGUCCAAGUUAGAAAUGCUCAUCCCAGCAUAAUUCCAAAACCAAUAGAAGGAAACUAGGCACUUAUCACCUCUUACUUAUCUUCCUUGUUUCUAAUUUCCGAGUGAAACUCCCUACUCAUUAUCUUGGCUGAGUAGAGCCCAGGUAUUGUUUAAAAAAAAAAAAAAUCACCCAAUAAAAAGUUUAAAAGAAGUGAGCAUGGUCAUUAUUGACACUUCAUUCUGAGUACCCUCUAGUACCUUACAACCUGAAACAGAAAACAGAAACUUUUAAUAGGACAGUGUGUAUAUGAGCAUCACCUAAACACUAUGAGGUCCAAAUGAUGUUAGGUUAGGGAAGGACAGGAUAAAGUGAGUGAAGCAAGUUUCAGGAGAGACAUAGGAAUGGAUCCUACUUUCCCACUGUUCAUUUUGUAGGAGAGACUGACUCUGACUAAAAUCUCAAGGUGUCCUUGACAAAGAGAGGACAUGUAAUAUGUUAAAAGGGAGAAGUUUUAAUUUUGAUAAAUACGAAGUCAUGGUGUAGGAAGUGAAAUAAAUGUAGCAUGAAUGAAUGUGAAUUAAUUAAUAAAGAGGAAAAGGAUGGAAAAGUGCAGGAAAUAGGCAAAUUAGGAAAAUGUAGGGACAGAAAAAAGAUGAUAAUCUAAGGAAGUCUGAAGGAGAAAGAACCAGGUCAUUUGGCCCAAAUAUCCAGGAGUAAAAUUGUAUAUAUAGUAUUCAAGAUAUAUUUUAAGGAAAUAAUGAGAGAUACAUAUUCAGUAUUGCUAAGGUGUAGAUGAGAAUGUCCAGAAUAUAGAUCAGGCAUUUUAGUGACUGCUAAAAUCACAGUGGCAUGAAUUGUUUUUUCUUCUUAAUUAGUAAACUACAAUAGCAUUUAAAUAACUAUAAUAGUGACUAUGAAUUUUAUUUUAAUGUGUUAGAAAUGAGAAAUUUUUCUUCUUGGAUACAUUCCCAGCUGUAUUUUAUGAUUCUGAUAGUUGUUCAAUAUUGCCUUCUUAAAUUUACUUUCUUAAUAUAGUGAAUUUUUGAUUGAUUAUUAUCAAAGGGCACAAAAUAUUUAUGAAGAUUUUUUUCUUACAUAUGCUUUUAGUUUGUUGUUAUUUAGGUUUUAUACUCAGGUAAUGUUUACAAUGUAAACUGUAAUGAAAGUGUUUGUUCCAUUCUUUAUUGUUCUACAUGUAAAAAGUCUUUCACAUAGCAGCUUGUCACAACAUAUUUUACAAUUUUAUUUUUUCAUCUCAAAGUUACGUCAAAAGAGAACAGUUGUUUUGAACACUCUGAAACUCACCUCUGCAUGAUACCUUCAACCUUGAAUGGAGUCCCACACAAAUCAGAAAUUGUUUGUUUGUUUGUUUUCCUUUUCUCCCUCAAUUCCCAGUUUCCUUUAUUACUGUAGAGGAAGAGGGGGGAAAUUCCAAAAAUAAAAAGCCUGCUUGUUUCAUAAUAACUGUCCAUAUGAAAUUCAAUGUACUCAAUCAUCUGAAUCAAUUCUCUUUUGUGCUGUAUAAUUAGAGUUGAGGCUAUAGAUGUAAAACCAAAGACAAAUCUUGGUUCCAUAGUACGUAGAGUAUCAACAUUGAAACUCAUCUUGUAGACAUUGUUCAUUGUCAAAGUUCCAUUGAGAGAAAAGACCAGUAGUUAAGUCUAGUUCCAUUAAGAAUAUAGAUGACAGAUCCAGACCACCUGGGUGUGGAUUUCUAUUCUGCCCUUCUUUAGCUGGGUGACUUCAAGCAAAUUAUCUCAUCUUUCAGCAUCUCAAUUUCCUUACCCGUACAGUAAGAAUAAUAGUAUACUUAUAGGAUCAUUAUGAGGAUUAAAUGAAUUAAUACAUCUAAAUCUCUUAGAACGUUGUGGGCAUAUUAUAAACACACAGUAAAUGUAGACUGUUAGGAGUCACUGUUACUUUUUAAAAAUUAUUUCUUUACUAUCAUUUUAAAGAACAGUGAUGAUACUUGUAGUAUUUAGUGAAAUUGAGCAUCCUAUCAUGCUAUAAAGAGUGGUGCUGCAGAGUAGAAAGAGCAUGAGUUGGACACAGGAGACCCAGUUUCAAGCUCAGGGUCUUAAACUCACCUGGUCUGCAGUUUUACUCAUUUCACUUAUCUCUACGUCAUCAUUCAUAAAGCCAUAGAAAUGACAUUCUCUCCUUACUGUCCUGUGUGGAAGACUUAUACAAAAUAUAAUUUUAACAUAAAAUAAGAACUAAUUUAAUAUAAAAAGAAUACUUUAAAAUCAAGUAGGAACUAUCUAAUGAAAGUGUAUUAAAGAAAACAGUGAGAACACAAGGGAGCAGCAAGUGUGGACUAGCAGAGUCGAAAGAAAAGCUUCCCAGGGGAAGUUAUGUUUCAGAGGUAUCCUAAGGAGUGAAGAGAAGUGUACUAGUCAGUGAGUUCAGUGACAUAGAAAGAAGUCAUGUCUGGACAUUGGUGGUUAGGGAUGAGUUUACAGUGAAACUUCAUGAUAAACUGUAAAUUGCUAUUAGUGGUGUAUGUUGAUUGAACUUCAUGAUCUCAAUGUCAUACCAAGGAGUUGCAGCUUUAUCUGAGUUGUUAAACAUCUAAAACCAGGUCCACUGUCUCUGUGCUGCCUUUGUAAAUAGUACCAGUUCAAAACAAACACAUCACUAUGCAAUCAAGAAUUACUGGCAUUAAUUUGAGGAGUGAACAUUUUUUUCUUUGUCCCCUUGCCAAUACUUUCUAAAAUUUAUUAAUGUAACAUAAUUAUUGUAUUAUUUUAUAUAAUUGAUAUUACAUGUUAUAUAAUUUGUAAUCAUUAUUAUUUUUAUGGGCUUCCCAGCUGGUGCUAGUGGUAAAGAACCCACCUGCCAAUGCAGGAGACAUAAGAGACACAGGUUCGAUCCCUGGUUUGGGAAGAUCCUCUGGA